AGGGUAUUUUUUUGGUAAAUGAACUCUACUUUACCUAUAUAAAGAGUGCAAAUAGGCUAGUAAUCUUCACUACUACAAAUCUCAGAUCUUCCAAAGUAUAUUGUCUCAGUAUAGAAAAGUAGGCUGAGAAAUGGAAGAAAAGGGACCCUUUGGAGGUGUAGAGCCAUAUUGGAAAAAUAAAAGACCAUUCGAAGAUAAUCAUAAUGAUGAUGAUGAUGAUGAUGAUGAUGAUGAGCUAAGCAAAAUUUUGAUGAUGAAUAAGGGUAUUAGUUCAUUACCAGUGUGGAAAAAAGCACACUUGAUGGACUACUUUGGUGAUGGUGGUGUUGGUAGUAGUAGCAAUGAAGUCCCCACUAAGGCUUUUAAUACUAAUAUUACUGCUAGUAGUACUACUAAUAAUACCCUUUUCUCAAACCUAAUUAAUGAAAAUCAAGGGCCAAAAGUAGCUGAGUUAAUUCCAAGCUUUUGUAAUACUAAGGAAAGUUUGGACAAUAGGGCUAAUGAUAUCCAGUUCAGAUUAGGUCAUAACAUAGACCCUAACAUGGACCCCAGGAAAAUGAAACGGAUAAUUUCCAACCGAGCUUCUUCACAAAGAUCUAGAAUGAAGAAGGCUCAAUAUAUCUCUGACAUGGAAAACACAGUGAAGGCUUUGAAGUGCCAAAUAUUAUCGCUAUAUCCUCGAGUUGAAUCGUACGCCAAAGAGUAUCAACUUUUGCAAUUGGAGCACAAUAAGUUGACACACCAGAUAUCUGUAUACAAAGAUCAAGAUUUACUCGGACAGAUGGAAAUUGAAAAGAACACAACAGAAGUGAACAGGUUAAGAGUACUCUAUAAGCAGCAACAACAACAAUUAUAUGAACAACAACAACAAUUCCAAGCAUCAUCAAUGGCUCAUCAUGAAGGGAAUUUAUCAAUGAAUCAAAUAAUGCCUAAUUUCAAUAACCAACCUACCGACAUCUUUCCACACCACCCAAAUCCAGAUAUUGAAUUUGAAGGCAAUAAUAUCAAUGGUAUUACUAGGAAUUAUAAUCCAAAUCAAGAUCAAAGUACAAGAUCAAUGAUGGUGGGUAACACAAUAGCACUACAACAUGAUGAUGAUCAUCAUGUUGAAGAUCAAACAAGAGUACAAUCAUGGAUGUCGACAACAACCAAUUUCAUCAAGGAACCAAAACAACAUGAUCAUCAUGACAUUGAAACUAAUAUUCAAUUCUAUAAGAACCAUUUUAGAUCUACACCGGAAUAUGCAUGACUACAUUUACAAGAUAUAGAUACUGUUAUUGCUCUCCAUGUUUGUUGCAUUUUCAUCGUUUCAAAAUUUUAAUUUGAAAUAUGAAUAUUUAUUUUUCCUUAAUUUAAUUUAUGCAAUUACUUCAUUAUUAAUUUAUUUGUGUUGUUAGUUGUUUCCCUCACAAUUUAAUUAUUAUUUAUUUUAUAAUUAAAUUAUC